UUUUAAGGUAGUGUUGCUUUAACGAGAGAGAGAAGGAUAAUCUUUACUUCUUCUGCGGCUGCUUCGACUGAUCGCGGCUGCCCCUGAAGACUCGAUGUUGAUGAAGUAGUAGAUGUUAAGUGUUUGAAACUAAUCUUGGAGAUUUCGCAGUGCUGUACUGAAGAUGAAAUAUGUUUUCCUGUUCGUCUUGGCAUUCUCAGUCGCUGUGUGUGAUGCUGAGUUGAAGUUGGAGGCAACUGACGGAGAAAAUGUCACCAUAUCCUUCAAAACUGCUGAACUGAAGAGAGCUGACCGAGUGAGGAUAACUUUUACAAGAGAAAAUCAGAAAACCUUGAUUGCGCAGUACUGUCGCUGUGGCCAUUGUGUGGACUGUGAUGUCGUGGAAACACCGGGAGUCUUACUGCGAGUUGAAGAAGGAACUGUGCCCUUGAUUCUUCUAGAUGUCAGCUCCAAUAACUCAGGCCUCUAUGAAGCACGAGUCUUCAUUGGAAACAAUGUGUCUGAGAUAAAAGCUACACUUGUUGUCAAAAAACCUGCAUUUUCCUCCACUAAAGCACCACUACAGAUCUCCACCCCAAAACCUCCCAACUCCUCUGAACACCUGUGGCUGUGCGCUUUACUGAUUCCUCUAAGCAUCUUGGGGGUGGUUACUUGUUUCUUCUGGAGGAAGAAAUGCAAGAGGGAACGUGAGCCAUUACCUGAUGUUGAAGAAGCCAGAGAAACCCCUGCUGUCUCCAGACACAGCAUCUUCAAAAAAAAUAAGUGUAAAAGAAAUUGCAGAGACUGUGUAGCUGUCUCCUUUAAGGCUUGUAGAGAAGACACUGAAGAUCAGCUCGUGGAUACCUGACUUGAUACUGAGUGUCUUGACUGCGAGCGAUGUCUCACACUGCCUCUUGAACUGAGGCGUCAAAACCACAUUUAGUUUUUUGAUUUUGUGGGAAAAUAGACAAUUUGAAAGCUGAGACUUUUUCUUAUCAGAAGUAACAAAGCACUUUGCGAUUACUGGAUGGGAGGUACAUUAGAAAUAAUGUUAAAUGAAGGGAAAAUCCAAACACUUUAGCCUUAAUCAGACCCUUGGUCUAGAUCUGGUUUUUGUGCAUGUCUGAUUGGAAUCUGAUCAUAUUUAGUAAAACUGUGUGAACACCAGACACAACCGUGGUCACAUGUUAACAUCUAGAAGCAGUCUACUCUACACAACUCAACAUCAUUGCCAUAGAAACCAAUGCAGAUAUUCCAGAAAAUGAAAGACAAUCCAUCAUUUAGAUACGAUUUCAAUCAGAUACACAAAUACUCUGAUUUGGACUGAGAGAUAAUCAGGACUGCUGAGAUGAUCAUUGGUGCCCAACCUCCAAGAUCUUUACACUUCCAGAGUGAGGAAAAGGGCUGGUAAAAUCACUUUGGACCCAGCACACUCUCUCUUUCAACUGUUGCCUUCUGGCCGGCACUGCAGAGCACAGUGCCCCAAAGCAAGAACAGACACAUUAUUAGUGUCUAUUAUUAGUGUUUUUAUUACCUUAAAUUAGAUGCAUGUCUGCGCUGGAAGCUCCUGACAC